UCUCUAUUUCCUCCAUAACCACUCUCUCCACCAUUUAUUUUUUCCUUCCAACAAACCAUCUUAACUUUCCACUGUCAAAUUCCAAGAAAAACUGUUACAUAAUUUUUUUUCCCCUCAAAAAGAUCAAUUCAAUUUGCUUUCUCUUUUUUCCUCUUGAUUUUCGGAUGAGAAACGUGGCAUGGCCUGUGCAGAGAAAUAAAUGGAUAUGAAGAACCUCUGUUAUCACCAUAGGCAUACAGGAUUUUGUAAUUUCAAGAAACAGAGAAUUCUAUGUGUGUGCUAUGGAUGAAUUGCCAGGGGCUUUGGGAACAAGUGCUAGCUUGGCUUUAAGAUUGGGACAGGCCAUUUUUGCUGUUGCUUCUCUGCUCUUCAUGUGUUUAGAUAUUGAGUUCUACAGUUACACUGCUUUCUGCUUUCUGGUGACCAUCAUGGGUUUAGUGAUUCCGUGGAGCUUGACAUUGGCCAUGGUGGAUGCAUUCUCUGUUUUCAGGAAACGUCCUACUCAUCAAUCCAGUUUGCUUUCAAUGGUUAUCCUAGGAGAUUGGAUUCUGUCGUUUCUUUCAUUAGCAGCUUCAAGUUCAACAGCUAGCGUGUCUGAUCUUUUGAUUGCGUCUAAUGUUUCCUUCUGUACUGCAAAUUUAUGCACACGAUAUCAACUGUCAGCUGCAAUGGCCUUCUUGUCUUGGUUUCUGUCAUUAGCAUCCUCCCUCUUCAACCUGUGGCUUCUUCCAACCGUGUAAUUCAUCUAUAUAUUCAAUGUUCGACUUUGGGACGUGCCUGUAGAAAUUAAAAUUAAGUGAGUUUUCCCAAGAAAGUUUUGUUGUUCAGAAUUUAGAGUUUGGAUAUACCUGUUCAAUGUAGAAACUUGUUCCUUGUAGUCUUCUAAGUGUACAGAUAUUCAAUACCCCUCAUGAAAUCUGUAAUAAAAGAAAGCAUUUUGUUAAUGACGUUUUUUGGUGAA